CAGUGAUCAUGGGGCUGUGGAUUCUCAUCGGCUGGGCAACCCUCCUGCUGUUGGCACUGGCUCUGAUCUGCUUCCUCCUGUACUGUGGAUAUAUUCAGUAUAUUCAUAUGAAGUAUGACCACAUCCCAGGACCCCCCAGAGACAGCUUUCUCUUGGGACAUUCACCGACAAUGCUGCGGUUGAUGAAAAACAAUUUGCUGAUGUAUGAUCAUUUUCUGGAAUUGGUUCAGAAGUAUGGUCCAGUCAUUCGUAUUAAUGGAUUACAUAGGGCCAUUAUACUUGUUGUUAGCCCUGAAGCAGUGAAGGAACUUCUCAUGUCACCAAAAUACACCAAGGACCGGUUCUACGAUGUUAUUGCCAACAUGUUUGGAGUGAGGUUCAUGGGGAAUGGUUUAGUGACUGAUCGAGAUUAUGAUCAUUGGCAUAAACAGAGGAGAAUUAUGGAUCCUGCUUUCAGCAGAACCUACCUGAUGGGGUUAAUGGGUCCCUUUAAUGAAAAAGCAGAGGAGCUGAUGGAGAGACUAAUGGAGAAAGCAGAUGGAAAGUGUGAGACUAAAAUGCAUGACAUGCUCAGCAGACUGACAUUGGAUGUAAUUGGCAAGGUUGCUUUUGGAAUGGAACUGAAUUCCCUAAACGAUGAUCGAACACCGUUCCCAAGAGCUAUCUCAUUGGUUAUGAAGGGUAUAGUGGAAAUGCGGAAUCCAAUGGUGAGGUAUUCUCUGGCAAAGAGAGGGUUCAUCAGAGAAGUGCAGGCGAGCAUAAGGCUCCUUCGUCAGACAGGAAAGGAAUGUAUUGAAAGGAGACAGAAGCAGAUACAGGAUGGAGAGGAAAUUCCAAAGGACGUACUGACACAGAUACUGAAGGGAGCAGCUUUGGAAGAAGAAUGCGAUCCUGAAAUUCUGUUGGACAAUUUUGUCACUUUCUUCAUUGCAGGCCAAGAAACCACCGCCAACCAGUUGUCAUUUGCAGUGAUGGAAUUGGGGCGGAAUCCAGAGAUUCUAGAAAAAGCCCAAGCAGAAAUAGACGAAGUCAUAGGAUCAAAGCGAGACAUUGAGUAUGAAGACCUUGGCAAAUUGCAGUACUUGUCCCAGGUCCUAAAAGAAAGUUUGCGCUUAUACCCUACAGCACCAGGCACAUCACGGUGGCUUGAGGAGGACAUGAUAAUAGAUGGAAUUAAGAUCCCAGCAAAUGUAACUAUGAUGUUAAACUCUUAUAUCAUGGGAAGGAUGGAGGAGUUUCACACAGAUCCACUUACCUUCAACCCAGACAGAUUCAGCCCUGAUGCGCCAAAACCUUAUUACUCAUAUUUCCCUUUUUCUCUGGGACCACGAUCCUGUAUAGGACAGGUUUUUUCACAGAUGGAGGCCAAGGUAGUAAUGGCAAAGCUCCUGCAGAGAUAUGAGUUUGAGCUGGCUGAAGAGCAAAGUUUUAAGAUUUUAGACACAGGUACUCUCCGACCCCUGGAUGGGGUCAUAUGCAGACUGAGGCCUCGAACAAGCAAUAAAGCAGCUGCACCAAAAUAGCUACUUGCAAUGCUGUGAAACAAUAUAAAUACUUUCCUCCAUACCAAGGCAGACUGAUUUUGACUGUAAUGAGGGAAAAAAGCUGAUUUUUGUAUUUUUUUGUCUAACACAUAGCCUAAAACAGAAGUUGAUCUGAUGUGAAAAUGCAUUUUGUACUAUUCAUAAAAAAAAAACCCUGCAAAUUUA